AUGUCUACCCGAUCCUACCAUAUCAGUUCUAGGGGUGGUACUUCAGUCAAGAAUUACAGUUCAAGCUCAGCUGUUGUACCGAGGAACAUAAAACGCUACAGCGCUGUCACAACCGUCUCCUACAAUGGGGGCAGCAGUGUGGGUCCCAAAGGGUUCGGUUUUGGCAGCAGGAGUCUUUGUGGCGUUGCAUCCUGCAGGCCUAAAAUUGCCAUCGGUGGCUAUCGCCCUUCAAGAUAUGGAUACGCUUUGGGAGCUGCUGGUCUCGGACACAGCUAUGGUCCUUCUGGCUUUGGUUAUAGAGUCGGUGGAAUCCGUGGUCCUUGCUCACCUGGUAUCGCACCUGUCACUGUCAAUCCUCACCUUCUCCAGCCUCUCCACCUGGACAUUGACCCCAAUGUCCAAAUGGUGAAACAACAGGAGAAAGAACAACUGAAGACCCUCAACAACAAAUUUGCUUCAUUUAUUGACAAGGUUCGGUUCUUAGAGCAACAGAACAAGGUGCUGGAGACAAAAUGGAACUUACUGCAAGAGCAGAAAAGGGUCAGGAGCAACAUCGAGCCGCUGUUUGACAGCUUUAUCGGUAACCUGAGGAGGCAGCUGGACGGACAUGGAUGUGACGGAAGUAAACUGGAGACUGAUCUGACCAAUGCAAGGGACAUUUUAGAAGAUUACAGGAGAAAGUAUGAAGAGGAGUGCAAUCGGCGAACAUGUGCUGAGAAUGAAUUUGUAACUCUUAAAAAGGAUGUUGACUGUAUAUAUAUGAACAAGGCGGACUUGGAAGCCAAAGUAGAGAGCUUAACUGAGGAGAUCACCUUCUUGAGAUGUUUGUACGAGGCGGAAUUGCAGGAACUCCAGGCCUGCAUCUCAGACACCUCUGUAAUUGUGCAAAUGGACAAUAGUCGAGGCCUAGAUUUGGAUGACAUCAUUGCUGAUGUCAGAGCCCAGUAUGAAGACAUUGCAAACAGGAGCCGCUAUGAGGCAGAGUCAUGGUACCAGUGCAAGUAUGAGGAGAUGAGGGCAACAGCUGGAAAACACUGUGAUAACCUACGGGACACAAAAAAUGAGAUCAUGGAGUUGAACCGUGUGAUUCAGAGACUGAAAGCCGAAAUUGACAGCACCAAAGUCCAGCGCAGCAAACUUGAAGCUGCUGUAGCUGAAGCUGAGGAACGUGGAGAGAUGGCCGUCAAAGAUGCUAAACACAAGAUGACAGAGCUGGAAGAUGCCUUAAUCAAGGCCAAGGCGGACAUGGCUCGACAGCUGCGGGAGUACCAGGACCUGAUGAAUGUUAAGUUGGCCUUGGAUAUUGAGAUUGCCACCUAUAGGAAGCUGCUGGAAGGAGAAGAGAGCAGAUUGUGUGGAGAAGGCGUCUGUCCUGUGAAUAUCUCAGUGUGUCGAACCCAGGGAGGAGUUGUGUGUGAUCCAGAUCCCUGUAUUGGAGGGGGAUUUGGUUCUAGCAGCAGGACCAUCAUCAGAGGCGGAGGAAUUAGCAGUGGAGGCGGAGUGUGUGGUACCAACAUCGGAAGAAGCAUUGUGGCAAACGGUGGAGAAUUGGGGGGCCCUUGCCUGCCAGUCGGAGCAUACAGUGCCGGAAGCACAAAGGGCUCAAAUGUCAAGUUUGUGUCCACUUCCACGUCUUUUAGAACAAAAUAUUAA